AACUGGUUAGGUUUUAGUCUGUUGCUCUACCAAAUCUUCCUUUACCCAGCUGUGCAGAAAGUUUGUGGACCUGUGAGACUCACUCACAUUUCAGCGGCUAUAUCCAUACCUCUCCUACAAAUGUAUCCUUUCAUAGCAUUGUUACCUGGCUUUGCAAUGAACCUAUUGAUAACUAUUGCCUCUGUCCUUAAGUUUUGUCUCUCUGCAACCAUUAUUACUGGUUUCUUUAUCCUUCAAAACAGAGCAGUGGAACAACAGCAAAGAGGAGCUGCUAAUGGUAUUGCAAUGACUGGCAUGUCAAUUUCGAAAGCUGUUGGCCCUGCUGGAGGUGGUGCAGUAUUAACUUGGUCCCAAAAGCGGGUAAAUGCUUCUUUCCUCCCAGGUUCUCAUAUGGCAUUUUUUGUGCUGAACCUAGUAGAAGCACUUGGAGCGGCUAUGAUGUUCAAACCCUUCCUGGCUGAGAAGGAGGAAACAGCAUCAGAGCAGUUAGAAUGAUUUCAAUAACAUGCAGUUUAAGCUCGUAGAUUGAUUAAAGCAAUCAUCAUCAGACUUUUUUUCCAAGUCUGAAGGGGUAUCAGCAGAUAAUAACAUGCUGUUAAUGAAGUCUGAGGGGAUGAAAUGCGAGCAAUAAGAUCAGUGAGGCAAGAACGGAGAAAGAAAGCAAGCAGGAAAAAGAGAAAGAGAGAAAGAUCCAUGUGAUUUCUUUGGUUAAGAGCAGAGUCAUGGUGACUCUCUAGUUAUGUUGAGUCAUGAAUAAAAUCUAUUGUUGUAUAUUUAAUGGUUGCUUAUUCUAUGUGUAAUGUUUUGGAUAAUUGUUGUUUAUGUUGAAAUAACCUGGUCAUUGUACUAUUGACAUCUAUUUUGAGUGAAAUUUUGCAGCUCAAGUUGGAUAUGUGCUUUGUCAUAGACUACAGUUAUUGUAUGAGUGUAACUCAAUAUGCUAGGUCACAGC